UUCACACUCUCCGUCCUUCCUUCCCACUCCUCACCGGUGCUAAUGGGACCGCUUACAUUAGUUGUCGAUGGCAAGAGCUCUUCUGGAUUCUCUUCGGAUGCGUCUACUAGGAAAAUGCAAGGCCUUCAGUUGGAACCAAAAAAGUUCUUUGCCUCAGUCAAUGUGCGAGACGAGACGCCAUUCGAUUUUUUGCGUACAUUAUUCGAGGGUGUCAUAGCAGGUGGUACAGCGGGUGUUGUGGUUGAAACAGCUUUAUACCCUAUUGAUACGAUAAAGACAAGAUUGCAGGCUGCACGGGGUGGAGGUAAAAUUCUUCUCAAAGGGUUAUAUUCUGGACUUGCUGGAAAUCUUGUUGGGGUCUUACCUGCAUCUGCUGUUUUUGUUGGUGUUUAUGAACCUGCCAAGCAAAAACUCUUACGGGCCCUUCCCGAGAAUCUUAGCGCAGUGGCUCAUCUGACUGCAGGUGCCCUUGGAGGCCUUGCAGCUUCUUGCAUUCGUGUCCCGACAGAGGUUGUUAAGCAACGGAUGCAGACUGGGCAAUUUACGUCUGCCCCUGAUGCUGUUCGCCUUAUAGUUUCCAAAGAAGGCUUCAAAGGUCUUUAUGCGGGAUAUGGAUCAUUUUUGCUGAGAGACUUGCCGUUCGAUGCUCUCCAGUUUUGCAUUUAUGAGCAGCUUCGGUUAGGUUAUAAAAUGGCGGCAAAGAGAGAUUUGAAUGCUCCUGAAACUGCUAUAGUCGGUGCUUUUGCUGGUGCUCUGACUGGAGCCGUAACUACUCCUCUGGAUGUGAUUAAGACUAGGCUGAUGGUUCAGGGAUCCGCAAACCAAUAUAAAGGAAUCUUCGACUGUGUCCAGACUAUAGUCAGAGAAGAAGGCUCCAAUGCUUUACUCAAGGGAAUAGGGCCGAGAGUGCUGUGGAUAGGCAUAGGUGGUUCAAUAUUCUUCGGUGUUCUUGAAAGCACUAAGCGAUUCCUUUCGGAGAGACGUCCAAACAAUCAGGAGAUUUCAAAGUCAGAGUAGAGUCAUUUUUUGGGUCCAAAUGCUAACCUAUAGAGGAUCAUAUAGCUGAGAUGUUAUUCUUAGAAGUUGAUUCUUUUAGGUCUUCGAAAAAAAGGAAAAAUAAAAGAAAAUAAAAUUGUAACGUUCGUUUACCGCCUUAAUCUUAAAACAGAUACACACCAUAUGUGGGAGAGUUGUUUUAUGCAUCUGGACUUACCUAAUUCUAUAUUGUAUUUCGGUUUAUUCGAUGUUACACUUCA